ACCUGCCCAGCCGGUCAUUCAGUCGAGCGGUGCCGCCGCCAGGAUGGUGCAGCUGCCGCAGCUGGUCGUCGGCUCCUGCUUGUGGCUCGGGCUGGGCUGGUGGGCGUCCUUGCCGCCAACCGGACUGGCGCUGCCCGAGGUGCUGUUUCGUUGCCCGCCGUGCACCGCCGACCGCCUCGCCGCCUGCCCCCCCGCCGGACCCGAGACCGCCGCCUGCCCGGAGCUAGUGCGGGAGCCCGGCUGUGGCUGCUGUCCAGUCUGUGCCCGCUUCGAGGGGGAGCCCUGCGGGGUGUACACGCCACGUUGCGUCUCCGGGUUCCGCUGCUACCCGAGUCCCGGCUCUGAGCUGCCCCUUCGGGCGCUGAUGCACGGAGAGGGCACCUGCGCCCGGUGGAGCGACGCCGCUGAGUACGGCGCCGCCAUCGUCGAGCAUCCCGGGGCGGAUAAUGAAGAACAUUCUGAAGAAUCUGUUGUGGAAAACUUUGUAGAUGGUGCCGCUGGUGUAGUGAUUGGAACAGGACGGCUAAAGUCCCCUGUGAAAACUGUCAAGGAAUUGGCCAUAAUUCGUGAGAAAACGAAUGAGCAGCAGAAGCUGAUGGGCAAGCAUAUCAAGUCUGAGAUACGUCUACAACCUCUUAGGACACCCUGUCAACAGGAACUGGAUCAGGUUUUAGAACGUAUAUCAACCAUGCGCCUGCCAGAUGAACGUGGUCCAUUAGAGCACCUCUAUUCCCUGAAUAUCCCAAAUUGUGAUAAGCAAGGCUUUUACAAUCUCAAACAGUGCAAAAUGUCAGUGAAUGGCCAGCGAGGAGAAUGUUGGUGUGUCAAUCCCAACACUGGGAAAACCAUCCUGGGAUCACCUACCAUCCGCGGAGAUCCUGAAUGCCACCUCUUCUAUUCUGGCCACGAGCAGGAAGACAGGGGAAUACCAGCCCUUCACGUGCAAUAAAUGGACACAUUCCUACUCUGUCAAGUGGCUUGGCCUAUUCUCAGUGCUGGAUUUUACAUGGGUUUUAAUGCAUCUUGAUUUUCUCCUUCAUGUUGAUGUUCCAGCAAAUCCCCAGGUUUUUUGGAGGGGAGGGGAAGGAGGUCUGGGCUAUACCUAUAUCUCAGUUGCUUGCACCAUUGGGAAAAUAUAACAAAGGUGGUGGAUAGAAUGGGUUUGGUAUCUCAGGCUUUCUCUUGCCCUACCCCUAAUUCCACCCAAACUCUUCUAAAUCACUUUCACUCUUGCCAGAAGCAGCAAAGAAUCAGAGGUUGGAGCAAAGAGUUAACCUGACCUCUUCGCCCAAAGGUGAUUCUGCUCCCACCAGGCUGGAUGAGAUAACCCGUACUCUAAUUCUUUCUCACCACCCAUGCCAAAGACCAAAGAUUGUAAAUACUACAUUGUGCCUGCUACACAGAGCCCUACAGUCUGUCCAUGUUGCUCCCAUUUGAGUAUUAGGUGGGUUGUAGCUAAAGGACUAAAGAGAAUCUUUGCUUAAGGAUCAAUAUUUCAUGGAAGGCAUGGACAGCAAGGAGCUACACCAUGCCACCAUGUUGUUUUACAAGGCACUGCACUUAAUAUAAGAUUUACAAAAGUGCAAAUCCCUGCGACCAGCCCCCAAACCAUUCAAUGCUUAACAUCAUCAAUGUGCAGCCUCAUUCACUGAGAAUUCAAUGCCGUGAAUUAUUAUUCAACAUCCUGCUGUUUCUUAGAUAAGAUUUCAUAACCCUAAGAAGCAAAAACCCAUUUAAAACCCAUGAGUAGACCAAUCUUUCCUUCCCCCACAUGACAUAGGUCUAAGACGAGCAAGGCCUAUGUCUCUGUAAGUAAAUGACACUAAAUAUAGUGCUUUGUAAACCCCAAAAUGUGGACAGAUUAUAUGUACAUGUUCAUUCAUAUGCAUACAAACCUGUAUAGAAUAAUCAUACCUGGGAGCUAGGGGAGAUACGGUGUUGAACUUUCAGUUCCCAAUAAUAAGUUAAGUUUCUCUGAUAACCACUUCACACUCUUGAGUUUGAUUUUGCUUCUGUGUGGAUCAUGCAAAUGCUGAAAAAAAUGAGAAGCAGUUGCAUGUACUAUGUCUUCUUGUAUUAUAUAUACCAGUUUAUAUUUACUGGACAGUUGCUAUUAGUGUAAUUGUUGAAGACCAGGGGAUUUUGUGUGUGUUUAUUAUUUUUUUUUAAAUGCCAUAUAUAUUGGAAGAGAAAAAACAAACAUUUCCAUCUUUUUCUGUGAGAACACAGCAGAAAGAUGACCAGGCUUGUCUCUGGUUGAAAUAGUAGAGUUCUCUUCUGGUCAGCCUGCCACAUCACUGCCUCCUCGUCACACACAGAGCUGUUGUAGUUCUGUCAUAGUUGCAGGCCCGCAACUAGGGCCUGUGUCACCCAUGGAUUCCUUGCCCAUUUUGGCGCCCCCCCCAGUGCUCAUUUUGGUGCCCCCCCAGUGUGGCACCCAGGGCACAUGCCCCACUUGCCCCCCCCCCCCAGUUGCGGCCCUGCAUAGCUGAUACCUUGAAAGAAUGCCCGCCCUUCUCUACCAGCCCAAAAAAUUGCAGCACUGUGUGGCAGUUUGUAUAGUCAUAGUUCUUCUCCAUUUCCACAAUCUCUGAUGAAUACGAGGGGCAAAUCGUGAAUUCCUGAGAAUGUCAUCACCUCAGGCCCAAAUGCAGGUACGUAUACACACCUGCUCUAAGAGAGAAUACAAGAAUUAAUGUUUAAUGUUGCAAGACAGAGACUGCUAGGGGGAAGUACUAUAGGUUGAAAUUUAAAUAUUAGGACAAAACAAGCAAAUAGCUUUCUAGAGCAAGCUGUAGGUGCUGGGUUAUUCCCAGUAGGAAAGCAGAUAUAUGCUAAAGAGUUAAUAUGCUUUUGGGACAAAAGAUUUUGUGAAAAAAAAGGCAAUGCUGUAAGUGAACGUGAUGGAGUAAACCUCACGUUGCACUGGAGAGGUUCUCCCAGCAGGCACAGUACAUGGGACAGAUAAAACCUUUGUGAUAAAAGAUGGCACGUUCUUAUUCAUUGCAGUGAGUGAGAACCAUUAUGCUCUAUCAGGCAACCCUGGUCAUUUGUGACUUUUUAAACAUUUAUGCUUGGUAUAUUCCAAACCCUAAUUUCUUCUCAUUGGGAAGAAAAAGUAUGUUCCUUUUUUUUUACUUUCCACUUCCAAUCUACUUAGCAAUUUAAAAACUAGUAUUGGUGCCUUAAAGAGGAAUAUCACCUACCCCUUAAGUUUAUACUUUGAACUGUAGAUUCUUCUUCAGGAACAAACCUAGAACUUUGGUGAUGAUAAAAACCCUGAGAAAUCAAAACACCUCAUGUUCUGGGAAUAUAAAUCAACAUUGCUGUUUUGUUUUACUUUUCCUGCGGGAGGCAUCCAGUUUUCAUACUGCAACAUUCAGUAAUUGAAAAAAUAAUAAUUGGUGCUACCUGUUUUCUAUUGAUACCCAUCAAAGAAGAAUUCAAAUACUUUCAUUGCCAUUGAAAGCGAUGCUUACAAUGUACUCCUGUUUAGAAAUCACAGUGCUCUGUUUUCUUUAUUUUGUUUGAUAGCUAAACUCUGAGAAAUUUUAAAUAAAUUAAAUGGGAUGCCAGACAAAA